AUGGGGCGGGGUGAUAACGACAGGAUUUCGAGAAGCAAUCCAGAUCGAUUCCGCACUCCCGACAAACCAGCCUCAUCUAGCAAAUUGGCACGAGUACCUGCGCGAUUGGGUGUGGGUUCAUUAGCAGUUACGCCUGGCGCGUCAUCAACUUCGACUGCCACUUCCACUCCCUCGACGGUAUCGACAUCAAGGUCCAGAUCAGGGGGCUCAAAAAGGAAUACAGCUCUGGAUCAGACGACUCUCACACAAAUCGAAUUCGUGAAGAGGAGUCAGCCCGACUAUGAUGAUGAUGUGUUCAAAUACAUUGGCGGCUCGGGGUCGAACGCUUGUGAGGUGAUUGAGAUUGACGACGACGAACCGGAUAAUGCGAACGAUAAGAACUACAGACCGUCAGGCUCACGGACAAAACGUGAGAAUAGCAUUAGGCUUGGCUCUGCGCCUUCGAGAUUGAAAAAAAAAGGUUCCGUUCAAGGCGAUAAGAUUUCAAGAAAUGGGCGCAAGAAAAGUGGCAACGACAAAGGAGUGCAAAACGAUGAUAAUACCUUGACACAGAUGAAAUAUGUAAAGCUGAUCGACCUUGAAUCCGAUGAUGGCGAUGCGAAGCUGGAAUAUGCCUAUCUAACCUCGAGGAAAAGAGACCCCGAGCUUCGAGCGGCCAGCACGGGCAAGCAUGAUAAUACCAAGCAACAGCAACCAACAUACGUUUCCGAGCCCCCCAGCGGGCAUAAGAGGAGAAAACUAAGUUCAUGCUCAAUGAAGAAGGAGCCUUGUCAAAUGAAAGAGAAGCUAGAGGAGAAAGUCGAAAAUCUCCCUUCAACACCACGAAAGCUUUUAAGGACAGAAAUACCAUCUUCACAAUCACCUGAAAGUCCUGGUGUCGCGUUUAUCACAUCCUCUCAGUUCCGCAGCGCAGCUCGUUCGCCUGAAAGACGUCCACUCAUCUUCUCAAAAGAGACCCCUGUAAAGGAGGAACCGCAUUCCUCGCUCGAGAAAGGCGAUGCCGCUGAGAUCGCGCAGAUGCCGCUAAACGACAAGAACCAGUCAGUUCAUUAUGACAGCCCUCAACCCUCUCCAUUAGCGCGGCGCGCAUCGGCUGAAAGAACGCCUAAAACAACUGGACGCGAAAAGUCUGUUGCUGUUGCUGAUGCUCCGGCCGCGUUUGAUCCGAGACAGCGCCCAGCACAACGAACAGUCGUGUAUGAGACUGACGCAGAGUCGGACUAUGAUGAAUAUGAAGACGGCAUGCAGGAUAUUUCAAGCUCAUCUAAGGAUACGAACAUCGCAGUCUACGAGGCACCCGUGGAGAAUGAGCCCAACUCCCCAAUCAUCGAGUCUCAAGAAUUACCGCCACAGCCUGUGUCCGUAAAAGAGCCUGAGUAUGGCCCAUUUUCAUCUGAAUCGACUCUCCUAUCCGAAGCGUCAAUAUGCUACCGAAGGGUUCAUCCCAAUACCCAAUUUCCGCUAGAACCUGUGCCUACAAUUAAUACGCAGAAAUUGGCAGAGCUCUUCCCAGAGGAAUCAAAUGGAUUGCGUUCUAUAACCCCAACUCCGUCAUCCUCGCCUAUGAAAGCCCCGCUGACGUCAAAUGCGCCGAUUAUGGUGUCUGAAACCCAAAGUCUGGAUCAAACUCUCCCUGAUUCAGAGGACGGAAGUAGAACGCCGACAGACAUUGUUCCUGAGUCCUCACCAGCCGCACGCCAUGAGGACAGCGUCCCCUUGAAUGGACAUGGUCCAUCUGCGAGAAACGUUGUGGUUCAAGUUGAAUCCUCACAACCAGUAGACAGGGCUGGCAGGCCGAGAACUGCUGGACAGGACUCUGCGCCUCGAGCGAUGCUUUCCAGAAGCCAGAUUCUAACAUCGAGCGUCAUGGAAAGCAUACCCAUACCUGGGUUUUGGAUGAGCAGCCAGGACAGCGUGGGAGAACCGUACAAUCAACCGGAUUCAUGA